AGCCACGUCGGCGCAAUUCGUUGCAUUUGCCUUCUUGGUCAGCGUCGCGCGGCCGUGGCACGGCCAUGGUGAAGGUGAAUGUGAAGUGGGGCAAGGAGACCUUCAGCGACGUUGAGAUAGAUGCCACCGCCAGCGUCGAGAUACUGAAGCUGCAGAUGUACUCCCUCACGCGGGUGCCGCCGGAGCGACAGAAGAUCCUCGGCAUUCCAGGUGGCCCGCUGAAGGACGACGACGACCUGUCGAAGCGCAACAUCAAGGAGGGGACGAAGGUGAUGCUGAUCGGAACCGCCGAGGAGGCCGAGCUCAAAGAGCCCGCCGAGAAGGUGCAGUUCGAGGAGGACAUGACUCCCGAACAGAUCGCCAAGGCCCUGCAGCUUCAGACCAAGGCCCCGCUGCCCGUCGGCCUGGAGAACCUCGGGAACACCUGCUACAUGAAUUCGUGCAUCCAGAUGCUGCGGCGGAUCCCCGAGCUGGAGACGGCGCUCGAGAAGGUGACGGGCGGCGGGGACGUGGACUCGCAGGUCGCGCACGAGUUCCGGGAGCUGCUGAAGGCCAUGAAGAACACCACCGAGGCUGUGAAGCCCGUUCGCUUCCUGCUCGCGCUGCGCGCCAAGGUGCCGUCGUUUGCGGAGAGGACACCGCAGGGGAUGCCGAUGCAGCAGGACGCGGAGGAGUGCAUCCGCAACAUGCUGGCCGCAUUCGCGUCGGCGACUCCGGAGGGCGACACCAACUCCAUAGACAGGCUCUUCGGCUUCAAGAGCCGAAGCGUUUACAAAUGUGUGGAGUGCGAUGACGAGCCCGAGAAGGUGGACGACAGCCUGGACAGAUUCCUCAUGUGCCACAUGGGAGCGACGACCGACCCUGUUGGGCACGUGCGCGAGGGCAUUAAAUUGUCGUUGAAGGAGACCGUGGAGAAGUCCAGCGAAGUUCUGGGGCGGGUGGCAACAUUCGAGAAGACGAUGGCGAUCGCGUCUCUCCCCUCUUACAUAAUCGUGCAGUUUGCGCGGUUCGGGUGGAAGAAGGCGAAUAGCGAGGCUGGCACCCAGGCCGCCAAGGUCAAGAUCGGCCGGAAGGUGCAGUUCCCGAAGAGGCUGGACGUGUACGAAUUUUGCACGCCAGAGCUCCAGAAGGAGCUUGGCGAGAAUAGGCAGAAAGACUCCGAGCAGAAAGAUAAGGAUUGGGACCUUGCACAGAAGGCGCUGAAGGAAGGGAAGAACGUGGAGGUCCCAGAUGACAACGAUGCCUCCGUGCAGUUCGUCGACACCGGGACCUAUGAGCUGCAAUCUGUGGUGUCCCACCAGGGCCGAAGCGCCGACGGCGGCCACUACGUCGGGUGGACAAUACAUGAGAAGGCUGACGGCAAGAAGAUCAAGGAGGACGAGUGGCUGCUCUUCGACGACGACAAGGUUUCCGAGAGGCCCGACAAGGUGGUGGACCUCGCCGGCGGGCGGCUGGACACGCACAUUGCCUACUUUAUCCUCUACAAGAAGGCCCCGGCGAAGAUCACCACUGACGGCAAGACGCUGGGCGGCGCGGCGGCGUCCAGCGGCGAGGCAGCCGGGGCCGACAAGGACAAGAUGCAGGUGGACGGCUGAGGCCACUCUUCGGAAGCCUCCGCGGCGAGGCGUCCUCUGACCUCCAUCGGGGCGCCCAAGACUGCAGGGAGGGGGCUCCUCUCUCCCCCCCGCGCC